AUGGAGUUCCCUAGCGACGCUGUACCGACUAUCAUGCUUCCAGCACCAUUGGGUCUUCCAAGAAGCUGGUCUGACCACAAUCGCGCUUAUACUCUGAGGCAGCGUCGAAAUCGGCCGGGAACAGGUGCUACGUUCCGAUCUGUGGCUGUGGCACACGGCACCCGGAUAGUCUCCGAGUUCUUCGAUACAACACGCAGCUUCCUUCCAAGACUGCACAACCAGACCUUUGCCGUCCGCUGUGGCCGGGCAGCCGUCACAUUGAACAACGCAUACCUCGAGAGCAUGACCGGCACCCUCGAGAUGCUGCACGACGCGAGGGAACUGGGGCUGUCGGACCCCCGGGAUCGAAUCUUUGCCUUCCUAGCCCUGACGAAAUCACCAGCUCAGGCAUACUCUUCCAUCAUACAGCCCGAUUACAAGAAGAUGUACCUACAAAUCUCUCAAGAUUUUGCUCACGAGUAUCUCAAGAAAAACCUUGAUCUAAGCAUUCUUAGUAACGUGCAACACGACGAAGAUAGCAUCGCUAGCGACUUUGAGACCUAG